GCAUGCGCAAAGAGUGAAAUUUACAUGGCUGGCCAUUUUUAUGGAUGAGACUCCAAAAUGAGAGUUGACUCUGAUAAUAUUCGAUUUGAAGGAUUAUAUUAAAGGAUGAGUUUUCUGAAUCAUGAGAAUGAAUGCGCGGAGCCCGAUGCAGUCGUACUGGAGUAAUUCGCUUGCAAUUCGGCAAGAAAUUCAACGCUUCGAAAGUGUCCAUCCUAGCAUUUAUGCGAUCUAUGAUCUAAUUGAAGCUAUCCCCGACCCUCUGAUUCAACAACAGAUCAGAGAACACGUAGUUUGUAUUGAAGGUGAGUCAUUCAGUGUCUGUUAAAUUCAAUCUAAAAUAAAUUACAGUAGAUUAUUUUGUAUUUUUAAAAUUAUGUUCAUUAAUUAAAAUAUUCAAUUAAACAUAUAGCCUAGGCCUAGGUCAUAAAUAAGCAACUAAGUUAUUUGAGUGACUAAGAUACGAAUUCAAGAAACACUAAGAUCUUACUAUUACUACUAUUAGUACUAUUACUUACUAACAGUGGUAACAGUUAACAAAUAGUUUAACACUACUAACAAGUAGGCCAAAGUUACUAAUUUUUUCCUACAUCAUGAAUCAUGAAUGAUGUCCAUGUCCAUGGUCCAUGGUAAUAGUAUUAAUAGUAAUAGUAAUAGUAUAGCAAUUGUACUCACAACUCACAGUUCUUGAUGACUGAGACUGAGUCAGUCUUAAACAACAAGUACUGUCUAGCUUUCUAAGAUUAAUUACUAAUUAGCCUACUCAGUACUAGUAGUGUUGUAGUAAGUUUAGUAAAAUUACUAGUUCUAGCCCUAUUAAUUCUAGACUUAUUGGGCUUGGCUAUGCUAUUCAAUAAUUUCUUCAAAUUAUUAAUUAUUGUACUACCUCUGCCAGUAGCCUCUGCCACAAAAUUGAAAAUCUCUGUUUCUUACCUCCUCUAUAAUUAUUUUAAAAAGCCUGGAUGUAAUUUUCUUUCUUUGUUUGUAUCAUAUAGUAUAUAGCAUUAUUUAAACUGACGCUAGCAAUAGUGGCAAUAGCAUAUUAAUAUUAUAUUAUCGGAUUGGUUUAUGCAUGGAUUAUGCUGUUUUCCUGAACAAAAUUAUGGGGGUAGGCAACAGGCUUUAAAACUAGUAUAUAUGGUAGUAAAGUUAAAACGCUUUCUUUAAUAUGUAUCAGCAUUUUCUAGACAGAUAUAAUGCAUUAUCAUCUCAUGUUGAUAAAUUUAUUAAAUUUUCUUAAUUUGACUUUUUUUUGUGUUCAGUCAAACUUAUAUUAAUUAUUAAUACUGAGCCUAUUCAGCCCUUAGGUAUGGGAUGUUUUAAUUAUAUUAUAUAAAUUAACACAUUUGAAGGGUAGCUGUAUCAUAAGAGCAUAGAUUUAAAAUAGUUGAUUAUGGCUCUGUGCUCAGACAAUAAGUAUAUGAUUUAAAAUGGAUUCAAUUACAUGGAACUAAAUAUAAAGCAUUAUAAUUUUAAAUAACAUUUAAAUAUUAAUUUUUUUACUAGGUUUUGCACAAAUUUUCAGUAUUUGUUAUUAUUUCAGAUUCAUUUGUGAACAGUCAAGAAUGGACAUUAAGUCGAUCAGUACCAGAUUUGAAAUUGGUAGGUCGCUUUAUUGAAGGCCAGACUUAAAGAUAAGGAUAAUUAACUAAAUCUUAACUUCCAUUUCAAUGGAUGCAUAAAUAAUAUAAAGUAUAAUUAAAACAUUGUUAUUAAACAGUGUUGAUUAAGUAUGUUUUUGUAAAAUAAAAGUCAAUAAAACCAAAAGUAAUAUUAGUUGUUAUGGCCAGUCCAAUUUCAAGUUGGUGUCUUAAAUUAUAUCUGUUGUGACAAAAUUUCUCAUUAACAUUAUUAUGAUUUUUAAGUGUGUCAGCAAAAUAUGGCCCACCGAUAAAAUCAGGUCCACCAUCUAAUAAUGGAUUUACAUUUCAUUAUUCUUUUAAAGUACAGGAUUGAUUGUAUUGAUAUAUUUGGAAGUAAAUCUAAAUUUCAUUUUUGCUGACCUGGAUGCAAUCUAUAUUUUAUGUAUGCACUGAGGGGUCUGGGGUUUUCAUUUUGGAGAUUUUGCAUACUGGUGCAUAUGACGAGGUGAUGAUCUAACUUGUCAAAAAGUAUAUGCAUUUAUGUUAUGCACAACAUCUCCAAUGAUUUUCCUGUAAUUUGGAAAGCUAACUGCCCCUUAAAAAUCUGUGAAAUCAAUGAUGAUUUCUAAUUUUAAAAAAAAAAGGCUAUGAAAAAGAUCAUCACAGUAUUUCAUAGUUAGCGUCAUAAUAUUGCUUUGGUUUUCACAAAGUACUCGCUAGAUAUUGCUACAGUAAUAUUUAGCCUGUUGACAACACACUGUAAUCCACCAUAGUAUUACCCUUUCAGUUUGUAUAAUGUACUUUGUGACAUAAUUAUUUUGUUCCGCUCGGGGAUACCGCCCCCCACCACCCCCCUCCUAGGGAGGAAAAAAGUGGUCUCCAUGCUGACAUCAAGAAGAUAAAAUUUUAAUUUUGUUGCCUUUUUAAUUUUUUUAUUUUCACGCCUUAAGACACAACAUUUUGAAAGAUAAAACAUGUAAAAUAUAUUUAUAUUUGCAUUACUAAUUCUGACAAAUAGUAUAGGUGGCUAACUUUAAAAAUUAUCCUGUAUUAACCCCCACACAUUAUUACAUUUUCUAUAUCCCAGAGUAGUGGAGUGACUAGGGUUAGUAAUGCCCAGAGCGGUCAUAGAUAUCUUCUCCUUCCCCCACCACCAUGAAAAAAAGCAGUUGGCCUAAAUACCACCCCUCCAUUUAAAAAAAAGGUCACACCCAGUGCAGACUGGCCUCUCCACUAGGGGUGUGCCGGACCCCGGUCCGGAAUCCGGUUCCGCCGGAUUUUGCACUAUCCGGUGAAAUCCGGUUCCGCCGGAUUUACAUGUAUCCGGAACAACCGGAUUCCGGAAUCCGGAAUAUACCGGAUUUCGGAAUUUGCCAGAUUUUGUGACUCACCGGAUCAUAAUCUGAAAUAAAAGUAAUUCUCUUUCCCGAAUUUCACACGAUCACGAUACAUUAAUCGAUUGUUUCGAGCGUUGAGCUUGUUUAAUGUUUAAUAUUCCGUACAUACCAGAGGCUAGAGUCAGCACCGCUAAUAGUGGCCAAUAGUGUAGGGACUUUGAUAAGAAAAUUUAAACUUUUUGUAAAAAUAAACCAAUGGCAUAGUUGAAAAGAUGUAAUUUUUUAAAGAAUUAUAACACCAAAAUCAUAUUUUUAGCUGUUGUAGUUUUAAAGUUAUGAAUUUUUAAAGUACGACUUGGUUUGUCAUUUUUUAACAUGGACUGCAUCUCCACAUUCUGUGAUCUCAUUCCACCAAUCCCGUCAUGCGCAAUGACUAUAUAGUUUAUAUAAGGCAACGCAUUCCCUGCCUUAUCACUAAAAUACUGUUUAGACUUAGUUUAAACUUUCAACUUUGGCACAUGAAUAAUUAAUUAAAGCUUUCCCUGACCAAUGGUUUAAUAGUUUUUGCACACGGCAAACUCUUAUGAAUGAAACUCUGAGGUAGUACUACGAUACAGUUAUGCAAGUGGCUGUGAAUGGUUGCCAAUGACAACGUGUUGCACACGGUAAAUUCUGAUCAUUUAUAAUAUGGAUUCUACCGGGUUGUUAAAGCUCAAAUUAAAACAUUCCAGUUUAAAUGUCUUUAAAUGCAUUCUGAAACACAAGUUAUCAAUUAUUUUGAUGUAAAUAGUGAUAAUAAAUUAAUAUUUCCUAAGUAUCGUCAACUUCCGCCAUUAAAAAGGGGGGCGUGGCCAACCCCAUGGCGAAAUUAGGUUGAGCGAGCUGCAUGACCUGCUGCGAACGCGUAGAAACAUGGCGUCUCUCGUAAGACACUUAUCCAAAUGGAACGGAACUCAAAUAUAUAUCGAAAGUACUAAUUUAAUAAUAAAUAGACACACACAUCGGAAAAUUAAAAACUCGGAUUUUUUGGCGCCGAUUGCGAAUUCCCAUACACAAAAAGUAGUAGUCCACCUUGACUUACCGAAGUAUCUACCAAUAGUACCAAAAUCCGGAAUCCGGGAGAAACCGGAAUCCGGAUCCGGCGGAUUUCGCAUAAGAAAAUCCGGAUCCGGAUCCGGUUGGAAAAAACGGAUCCGGCACACCCCUACUCUCCACCCCUUUGUAAGCUUCUGUCCUAGAAACUAUAUGUCCUUAUAAUCUUCAAAUAUCUUUCCUGCCAACAACAAUCUCCACCACUCCCUCCUUGAAAUUGAAAAAAAGAUAAAUUGCUCUAGUUCAGGCCUGAACAACAUGCAGCCCACCCACCAGCACCUACUUUACGGCCCGUGAAGUAACGAAAUAUUCUUUAUUCUUCUUAUUUUCUUGAUAGCUUUCUUCCCUGUCCUAUUAUCUUUUGGCACGCACAAGUUUUUCAUAAAGUUUUAUGGCCUGCCUUACAUUUUGAGUUGUGGAGGCCUGCUCUAGUUGAGCAUAAAAUCUUGUAUAGUAAAAAAAUAAAAUAAAAAUCAAACAUUAAAUAACUCUUAGAGCAGUAAAUUUAUCAAUAUUUUAACUUAAAUGCAAUUAACUGUAUUGGAAGUUUAAACAAAUGUUUGAGAGAAAUAAUUCUUUAAAUAACAAUAUACUGUAUGAUAAAGAUUAUAAUAUUUGAAAUUUUAAAGACCAUUAUUUAACAAAAUGUUUUUAAAAUUAUUCAAGGGUAUCCUGGGAAGUGUUCAAAGUGGCAAGUCUGCCUUAGUUCAUCGCUAUCUUACAGGCUCUUACAUGCAGGAAGAAUCACCUGAAGGUAAAUUAAGCUAAUAUUUUUCUGCCAUUCUUCUUAAUUUUCUUUUGUGCUUUUAUUUUUAAAUAAUAGUUCAGUAUUUGAUAUGCAAUCAACACUACAAUAUACAAAAAAUAGUUAGUGAUGCUGAUUUUUUUUAAUGUUCAUCAGGUGGUCGUUUUAAGAAAGAAGUAAUUAUAGAGGGACAGAGUUAUCUUCUCUUGAUUAGGGAUGAAGGUGGAACUCCAGAAAUGCAGGUACCUACUUUCAUUUUUUAAAUUUACAAAAAAAUUUACCCAGCUUUUCAUUACGCUUGAUGUUUACUACUAGUAUAUCCCUACCAAAUUCUAAAUGUUUCACUGUACCAAAUUCUAAAUGUUUCACUGUACCAAUUUUAGUUAUUAAAUCUGUAUUGAAUUUAUUUUUCAGUUUACCCACUGGGUAGAUGCUGUAAUCUUUGUGUUUAGUCUGGAGAAUGAGAUGAGCUUUCAAGCAGUCCACAGCCAUUAUGCCAAAAUGAGACAAUACAGGGAUACAAAAGAGAUCCCUCUUAUACUUGUAGGGACUCAAGGUUUGUUAAUUUCAAUGUCUCUCUCUCACAUGCUGUUCUGUUAUCAAUAUUGGCUUAUUCCUUUUUAAUAAACACCCUUUUAAAGGAGUUCAGAGGAGAUGGGAUACUAUAAUUUCACAACUAAAUUUUGAAUAGCCACUGUUUUUUAUAAUUUUUAUUAAGAUAUAAUAUGCCAACUGCAAUAAUUGUAAUUGUCUUAUACUGUUUGUUGUAUGUUCAGAUGCCAUCAGUGAAAGCAAUCCCCGCAUUAUUGAUGAUACAAGAGCUAGAAAACUGGCCAAUGAUCUAAAGCGGUGCUCAUAUUAUGAAACCUGUGCAACUUACGGGCUUAAUGUGGAAAGGGUCUUUCAAGACGGUAAAUCAAAAUUAUCUAGUUACUUUCUUGUAUUAAUUUGCUGGUCUUCUUAGUGUUAGUUUGAAAAUCAUUUGCAUGUUGCUUAUCGCUACUUACAUUUUCCAUGAGGGAAAAUAAAAUAGUUCAUACUGUUUACUUCUGCACCUUAUCUCAGAGAGGAGAUAGUUUAGUAAAUAGUGACAUGAAAUUUAUUUUUCCUCUCAAAGCUUAAUCAUAAUUUUAAAUUAUACAUAUGUUUUUAUAAUACAGAUUGCAAUGUUGAUUUAUGAAACCUUUGUAUCUAUAUGGUGCAAUCUAAAGUUAUGACAGUCCAAUGUUUAUAAGAUAAUUUAAACUUUAAUAUGUAUAAUUAUCAAUCUUAUGUUUAAUAAUUAUUCCUGAUGAUUCCUUAGCCUGUCAGCGCAUUGUUCAAAUGCGCUACCCUAACGCUCCAUCAUCAGUGCCAGCUGUUAUACCAUCAACGCCAAAUCACUCACAGAGGUCAUUUUACAUAUCACAAACUAGCAGUAACAAACCCAGUGAUACUCACAGCAUUAGCAGUCAUAGUACAAGUAGCUCUGGUACAUUAGUGACUGCUCAUUCACAGGUAAGUACACUUUCUUAAGGAAAUGAAAUGAUGAUUUUAAUUAUCAAUUAAUAUAGAACUUUCAGUUUAAAACCCUCAUUUGAAAGCUCUGCUAAAAGUACUCCAGAUCCAGGACACACUUAAUAAUUAUUUGUUAGAAUUAAAUUACUGUAUUUUCCUGGCAUUUAGGACACUCUUUUUUCCUCAAAAUACGCCUAAAAUAUGGGGUGCUUUCAUGUGGCAGCAAUGUAGAAAUGUUUUUCCUUAAAAAUAUGCAUAAAAAAGGGGGUGAGUAACUAAACUUAUAUGCUGCUGCGUCCUAUAUGCUGGCAAAUAUGGUAUUUCAUUUUUCCACUUUGAAAGUUGUCUAGCACAGUACAAAUUGCAGAUAAUCAGUAGAGAUUCUAUUUUCACAGUCUGGUCCACAAAUCUGGUGUCCAUUUGAUGACAAUUUUUUAUUAACAUCUGCUUAUGGGGAUAGUAAAUUGUCUUUAAGUUGAUUGAAUUCAGGUUUCUCAAGCUCAAACUUUUUGCCAAUGUGUGGUCCUUUUUCUAUUUUUAUUCAUUGUGUACAGAAUUAAUUAUUUGUUUUUACAAUAAUACCUUAUUUCAUCUGUGUAAUGCACCCUAUAGCUGAAAUAAGCUGUUUAUAAUGAUAUGCUUAUGAAAGAGUUUUUUUAGGUGUUCAAGUUUUUUCUUUCUUUUUACCCACAGCCUCCACUUCCUCCACCAAAAGAAAAGGAGGUGAGAGAGGGCAAGACUGACAGACCAGAGAAGAAAAAAGAUAAGCCUCUUCCACAUGUAGCUCAAGCAACUGUUUUAGUCCCACCAACAACACAACCUCCACAGGUGCCAGCCAUACCUCCCCCACAACCAGUACCCAUCACACAACUCACAGAACUAAAUGAUAUUCAGGUAGGCCAGGAAAAAAUGUCUCUCGGCUCUUUUUUCUCUGUAAAAUUUAGAAAGAAAUAUCAGCUUUGAAUAAGCAAAAAUGUGUUCCAUUCUCAGAUAUUUUAAAUUUACCUGAAUCUCUCCCAUCAAUGGCUGAUAAUGUCAUAUUUUCAUUGUAUCAACAGAUAAUUCACACUAUUCCUUUUAAGGAAAUGCCAGCAUUUAUGUUUAAUUUUGAUUUUUAUGUAGAGAAUUUUAUAAAAAUUCUCGUUUUCACUUCCCAAUCAAUUCUGCCCGAUAAUCAUUUCUGCCAGAUGCAAAAAAUUGAUUAACCUUCUAUUUAGAUGAUAUUUUUAAUAUUAUCAAAACUGUUUCAAAUCAAAAUAAAAAACCAUAAUUGUUGUGUUUCUAAUUGACUAUGGCCCAUCUAAGUCGCAUGGCCUCAUCUAGUCAAUAAUUAAAUAUGUACAAAUGGCAAUAUUAGAGUAAACAUUUAGUUUGUUUACAAAGCUUGUCAUUCCCUCAUUAGUUGAUAUUAUAAAAUUAGUUUAGCUUCGCUGAGUUAAAUGUUAUUUUAAAUGCAUGUUAUCAAAUAGUUAUUUCUAUGAAUGUUGUGUUGCUACAUAUCUGCAUCAGUCAAAAUAUGUUUUAUUUUACAAUGUGUUGAAAAUAGAUAAAACCAGUGAACAUUGACUGUUUCCUGCCUUGUUAUUUUCUAUGAAUCAGUGCAGUAAGGCCUAACUGAAUGUUUUUAUUCCAUUAAAGUGCAUUUUUCUUAGUACAUUUUGGAUGAUUUCGUUGUCUGUUUUCAACAAGUUUUAUCUCUCUAAUCUAUUGGCAUUAGUCAUUUUGAAAUUUUAAUAUCUACAAUUUUUUUUUUCUGUAAACAAACAAAUGUCUCAAACUACAUACUUUAAAAACUGUGAUACUUUUAAAACUGUUUCUGUGAGAAUGUGAUGGUUAAUAAAGUUAGAUACAUUUUUCAAAAACUCAUAUUUGAUAAUGGCUUUGGUGAAAGACACUAACCCUAAAAUUGUCAUUACGGCCAUUCAUCAUUCAUUAUACCCCUUUCUGUGGUGUCAUGGCCCAUAUAAUCGACCGCUAGCAAAAUCUUCAUUAAAAAUGCACAAGAUUAAAUGUAUAUUGUUUAAGGGGAAAUUACUCUAUCUAAACGAGUUUGCUUCCUACUUCCGUUACUAUCUCUGUGUUUACAUGCUCUUUUUAAGGACUUUGGUGUGAAAUUUUCUCACAUACUUUGACAGCAUAAUGUCUGAGACAUGGGAAACACCCCCCCCCCCCCUCUUGCAAAUCAACACAGAAUUUCUUUAUUGGAAUUAUUUUUAUUAUUUUAAUGAAAGCAAUGAUUUCACAGAUAUUCCAUGUGAUAGUAAUGACAUUAUUAUCCCUAAGCUUAGUCAUAUUUUUACACACUAAUUCAUUUGGGAAAGGUUGGAGAUUGAACAGAAAAUGACACAUAUUGGAUCCCAAAGACGUACCCCAAAGACAUUUAUGAUUGUGUGUGUUCUAAAAUAUUAAUUAAUAAAAAAUGGAUUUAAUAAUUUCAAUUGAAAAUGAACUUUCGAACUCAUUUUGUGCCUUUCCCCAUUGUAUUUUGUGUGACAGAAAUUGAUGGUGGGGGGGAUGAAAAAAUACACUAAUAUCACAAUUUUCAAUAUAAGUAAUUACAACGUGACAUUUUCUGAACGAAUAUUGCUUUUAGUAUCUCAAAAGCAUGAUUUUAUGAUAGUUUGAACAAUUUAUGGAGUAUUUAGAGUGGGUUGAUUUCAGAAGUUAAGUACUAAAAUUUUACUCACUCUGUAAAGGUCAAUCAAUAUCAACAUACUUCAGAUAAAAACAAAUUUGUUCGUUUCAUAUCAUAAGAUACCUUGUCCAAUGUACUUUCAGAAAAUGUAUGCUUGUAAGGGUCUCUGAAUUCAUUUAGGUUGCAAUGUUAGUCAUUUUUGACAAAUUAAUUAAAUUGCUAAAAUUGGCUUGACAGUUCAUAAAAAUUCAUCUAUAGUUAUAGGGUUAAAGUUUUAAAACAAAGUUUAAUGCAAACAAUUGAAAAGUUUGCAUUAAAAAAGUAUGCUUGUGAUCUCUUCGGUAUGCACAACUUAUGUUGCCAUGAAUGUUAAAGUCUGUUGAGUGAGUUGAAAAGGUAAAUACAUUUGUAUUGUGCUAAUCACUUUGAAAAAAGAGUUUUAAAAAGUUUUAUAGAAAUUCAACCAGUCUUUAGAUUUAUUACCAACAUAAUCCCCUUUCAAUUCUUAAUGCUGUCAAAGGUCUUGACUUGAAUUUCUCAUUUACGUGUACGUGAAGGGAAUUUGAAUAAUUUACUAAAUUUGUUAAAAUAUAAGAAAAAGAUCAUUGAAGGGCUUAGGCUAUAAUCAUGUGUGACAUGUAUUACUCUGAAAUUUUAGACCGACAUACGAGACUGAAUUCGGUAGAACAAAUUGCUGAUGCUCACAGUAGCUGAGUCAAAUUCACUGGUUUGCGGGCAGGUACCAAAAAAUAUUUGUUCGGAAUCAAAUUAUUAUUUUUUUUGGGCAUAAUUUUCCAAAUGAUGCUUUGAAAAAAAGAUGUUGGGUCGAUUUGAGUGUUAAUUCCAUAAUUUCAUUAAAAUUGGAUGACAUCAGUUGCAAUGUAAGCACGUCAGACAAAUUUCUUCUGAAAAAUCAGUCUUGCAUGUCAGUUGAAAAUGUCAUUGAAAUAGUGAUUGUAGCCUGGGGCUAAAUAUAUAUGAAAAGAAUAUUGUUGGAUUCAUGAUUUUUUUUUUACCUCUAUUUAUAUAGAAUUUAAAACUUGGGGCAGUAAAUUAUAUGUAAGAUUUGUUUUUUGACCUCUGUCAUGUAUAAAAAGUAAAUGUUUUAGUUUGUUAGUGCAUAAUGCCUCAAUAUUUAGAUAUUAUUAUUAUAUAUAUUUGAAUUGCAAGGCAUGUUUCAAUGUAAAAUGCAGGAUAGUUGUACUUAGGAGAGUAAUUUAGAAAAAAAUCACAAAAAUCUUAGUAUGUCAGUACAAUGAGUCAGUCAUCUUAUAAAAAUAUGCCAUUCUACUCUAGACACAUAUUUUAUGUAAUUUUAAAUUUGAGACACUUUGUUUGCUGGACUUUGCAUCAAACUGAUGUUCAGUAUUUUUAUUAUUAUUAUUUUUACAAUUUGUUUUCUUUUUUUUUGUGUGUAGAAAACAUGUUUGUAUUAAUGUAUCAAUAACUUCCGUUGUAAUAAUACUUGAUAUACCUUUUAAAUAUAUAGAUAUUGGCUACUUGGUGAAAUGUAGAAGAUAUUUUCCCAUAGACAAACUUCAUGAAUUUAUCAUUUAUCUUUAGUGCUUUGUGCAGUUUGCAGUGUAAUUAGAAAAUAAUUAUUUAUUCUCUUAUGUGACUUUAAAUGAAUCUAUGAAGGGAAGUGGCCAAUGUUCCACACAACAAAUAACUUAUGCAUUUCUUUAUUUCAAGUUUGGAAUUUAGUGAUAUAAAAAAAAAAGAAAGAAAGCAAAUGACAUUACCAAUAAAAGGCUUAGUCAAAUGUGGCUUCUACUUUGCAUGUUUUUUUUCUAUGUUCAAGCUACAUUAGUUUUCUGAAUGUUGAAAGAAAGAGGUAAAAUGUGAGUGUGUUACAAAAGCUAAUUGUUAUUUAGAAAGAACUCAUUUAAUGAAGAGAUAAUAGAUCUCAUCUCUGGUAGAUUUCAAAGACAGCAAUGUUAUUAAGAGAGCAAAGAUUAAUUAUGUGGGGUUGACCUUGCAAAGCACCUUAGAUGAGUGCUAUUCUCAGAUUUUUUGAAAUACAUUUAAUUCUCACUCAUGGAUUUAAUUUUUUCUCCAUCAGCUCUAGUUCGAUCCAGUCUGAUAACAACUUUUCAUUAUUAACAUUUAAAUGAAGUUUUUUUGUUUGUUUUCUUGACCUAAUAAUUCUUGUCCACAUAGUACUGACCAUUUUAAAAUGAAGUGCCCUCUGCAGAGCAUUGAUUGCGAUUAUGUUGAUGUAAAAAAAAAAUUGCACCAAUCUAUUUCUGACGUUAGUCUUGUGGCGAAGAAUACAACUUUUAAAAAUAUUAACGUUAGCUGUUACCACACUACGCUCAAUAACCGGGAUAAAUAUCAAUGAAAAUUGAGUCAAGGCUUAUUAAUAACUAUAAAAUUACGGGUAUUUUCAAAAGAUUACUUUUUAUAAAAAAUACACGAUACCUGCAAUUUUUUUCCCCAUUUUCCAAAUGGGAAUCCUUUGAGAGACACAUUACCAAGGUAAUAAAUAGUAUCUAUAAGCCUUAUAUUUAGUUACCUAACUAAAUCAAUAAGAGCAGUCAGUUUGAAAAAUAAAAAUCAAAUAUGCUGGGAAAAUUAAUUAAUAAUCCCUACAUGCAAUAAAAACCACAACAAAUUGACAAGGAAACUUAUACAGUAUGAUAAUUAAACUUCUACUUGCAUUUCACCAAGUACAAAUUCAUGAUUAAUCUAAGUCCUUAAUAUAAGUUGUAAAAACUGUAAUGGAAUCCUGUGAUUCUGAGUUGUUUAAAUGUGCAGAUUCAGGAACUUAAAGCUUGAUUGUAUUAAAAUAUUUUUGGUGAAUAUUUGUUUUUGGUACCAAUGGUUAAUAAAUUAAUAUGUUUGAUGUUGAAGUUUUAAACAACUGCCAGGAGAGGAAAAAAACUUCAUUGGAAAGCCUGAUUAUUACAUCACCAAAGUUAGCUUGAAUGCAAUCGGGAGAUGCCACUCACUGUUCCCAUAUCACUAUGUGAAUGAUGAAGGUACACAGUUAUCAUCUGUAGUACCCUAAGCCAGAAUCUGCAACCUGUGACAGGUUAAAAAGAACCAGCCUAACAUUAUUAACUUCUGGUGUAAAUUUAAACUUUAAAAAAAAAAAAUUAUCUUCUUCCCUUAAUCUUUAUUGCCUUGUAGUUUAUUUUUGUUGAGCAUGCACCAUGUUUUAUUUGUUUUCCCCUUAGGGAUUUGAUAAUCUUCUGGAGGAAACUGUCACUUGCACACCACUUGCCUUGCGUAAAAACAAAAAAUUCUCCGUUAAAAAGUCAAAUUCUUUCAAUGUAAGUCUGCUCUUUUGCAAAAUGUAGUUUUGAAUUCUUCCUGUUCAUAACAUUUUGUUAAAUUUGAAUUGUAAAAAUAAGUGAACACAAACUAAACACUUGAAUAUGGUACUGGUUUUUAAGUUAGUUUAUGAUAUAAAUGUCAAUAAAAGAUGUAAAGUCUUAAAUGGAAUUAUGCAGUUAAAAGUCAUUGUUACAAUCAGAUGUUCCAGCUUUCCUUCAUUUCUUUUUUCAAAGUUUUAAAAGUAAAUUCCUAUUCAAAUAACAUUAUUAUGAAAAGAGAUUUAUAUCCUAUUACUGCGCUCAGUGUGUUACCUAGUUUUGUUUCAGUCAGCUUCAAAAUAUACCCCAUGUGCUUAUCUUUAGUUGGCUACCUUCCUCUCCUUGUGUAGUUUUCUGUAUUUAUUUAAUACCUCUGAGAUCUCUAACAGCAUACACUCAUACAGAUAAUUAUACUAAUAAGCAUUUCUAGGAAAUGUUAUAGGUUUUAAUUACCAGUGCAGUGCAUUCAAUUUGAUAUAAAAUAAUAAAUGUCAAAUUUCCAAUCUUUAUGGUUGCAUUUACAAGUCAAGACAGGAAAAAUAUAAUUUCAACACCAGUUUAUUUAUUUUUUGGUUUUCCAUUAUUUUUCAAUAUAUACAGAGUUUUAAUUACUUUCUGCAAUCUGUGGUUUAGUGAAAGGAAUAUAAUACAGUCAGUGACUAAGUUAUGUUCAGUAAUGGAAGUGACAUUGUCCUAAAAAAGGUGGAGAUACAAUUCUUCCUGGCGACAUAAUGUUUCAAACAUAUUUAAUUCAAUUUAUAUAAUCAUUUGUAAGAUGAAUUGCAUCAUAUAUAAACACAAAUGGGAAAUAUAACCCCAAAAAAAUUGUAAUUCAUCACACAUAUUCAAUAACAAUAUUUCAUUUCUUUAGUAAUGAACUUAAGCAUUACAAAUCUUUUUUUUUUCUGCUAACAAUAUCUACAGUAGCUGAUCUUUAUUAUUUUUAUUAUUUAUAAUAGAUAUAUCUUGAAUGGUCUGUAAUCUCUAAAAAUAGUUACCCUUUUAAGAUUCUACUCAGAUAAUUUAUUAAUAGUUUUAAAAUUUGUGCAUACCUUGACGUAUCUGAUCAUACCUUGUUCACUGUGAAAAAAUGUGUUUCUUUUUAUAAUUACAAAACUAGUGUAAAUUUUCUACCUUAUUUAGACCAAUCAUCAUUUUAUAACCAUUAAAAGUGACAUAAUUGAACCCUGAAUAUAAAAGAAAUGUUCACUUAAAGAAUUAUUUCAUCUGUUGAAUACAACAGCACCUCAAGAAAGUAAUGCAAAUCUUAAUUCUUACCCAUUAGUUUGUAAAUGGUAAGUGCAAAUAAAAUUGGUGUGUUUUAAAGCAUAGUCCUGUGAUUUGCUUCAAACUAACAGUUCAUAGAAAGUUUGUAUAACCCUAAUUGGAAUAGAUAUUUAGGCAUAUGUAACUUUGGUAAAAUCUCCCUUAUAUUAUAAAUAAUUUUUUAUGACUGGAGGGAAAUUUUAGAGGUAAUUUUAGAUUAUUUUGAUCACCUGACUGAGUCAUAUUAUAGGGUAAAGCAAGAUUCUAUAUUUAAAACUGGGAAAGAAAUGUAUUGAUUUAUUCAUUCUUCUCCUGUGUUAUUUGUCCCAUGUAUAAAUAUGUAAACAGUAUUCUCUAGCAGCUGACUAAGCAUGCCACAUUUAUUAUUUACUUGGAUCUCACAUGUAACUAACAAACUCAUAAACCACUCUUAAAAUGCAGAAACUGAUCAUGCACUGUCAAUAUUUUAUCAUCAUUACUCAGAUUAUUCAAGUUCUGUAUUAUUUGCAAAAGUAAAGGCUAAUAUAAAAUUUACCAGAUGUUACAAUUUGAUCAUAUUUAAAUGUUCUUUCUUUCUUAUGUUUUAAUGUGUUAAACAUCAAUAAUUUGUGUGUUUUUCCUUUUAAUAUUUACUUUUAGAAAUCAGUGAGGUGUGCUCUGUGAAACUUUUGACACUUAUUUCCAAUGCUAUUAUGAAUUUUAAAAGGCUAUAUGAUGAGAUAUAUUCAGCACAUCUUUCACUCUUGUAGUUGAAUACAUCUGUUACUAAGUGUUAAAUAAUAGAUACCUAUACUUUAAAAUCCAAAUAAAACAUGGAAAUUUUAAGUUAUAUUUAUGUAUCAAAUUUAUUUCUCAGCCACAAUAAAAAUGCUUAUAUCAUAAAUUUUGUUCCCUAAACAUAUAGCUUAACACUAAGUGAACUUUUUAAAGUUGGAAUGGCUUUCAUGGUAUCUUUCCAAAGUUUUAUGUCACAAGCUAUAACAACAUUUGAAAAUAAUAAAAUUUAAUGCCAAAAUCUUUCAAAGUAAAUAUUUCCUAAAUUAUGUUUAAUUGUUAAAUUAUCCGUGGCACAUUCAUUUAUCAUAUUAAUCAUAUAUAUUCAUUUUACAUAUUCUUCUAUCAGUUUUAGUUGCUCAUUAUUUUGUAAUGUUAUGCUAUAACAUUGUCUAAUUUGUACACUCCCCCCAUGCUCAGACAUUUUAAACAGCAAUGCUGACUACUAAUAUCAAAUCAAAUGAGAACUUAGUGAUACAUUGAGCCUCAUAUGCUAAUUUUAUCAGCAAGACAUUUCUUAAUGUUGGCUUUCAGUGAAAUGUUGCUAUUUAUUUUUCUAAGGCAUAAGUCUUAUUGUUUUUAAAUGGAAUCUUUAGAAAUGGGAUACUUAAAAAAUAUUAUCAGGCUAUUAAAGAGAUUUUAAGUACCCUUAUCAUUUAGAAACAAUAUUAUGUAUAUCUUUAAAAAUCAAUUUAACCAUAAAAUGUCUAUGAUCAUAAAGGUCACAUCUCUUGUUUAUUUUGAUUUUUUUGGUGAAGAAAAUAAAUGCAUUUAUAUAUUCUUAAAUAUAAAAGAAGUAAGUCAUUGUUAUAAACCAUUAGUGCAAAAAAAGACCUUAAGCUUAUCAAAUGGAAUUGAAGUGUUUUUUUCCUUUCAUAUAAAUGUAUUCAUUUUAAGCAGAAGGAAGGGGCUAUCGUUUCAUUUAUGAUUUUUCAAGAUAUGACAAGUAGGCACACUACUAACUUGUCUGCCCCAAUCUAAUCUUUCAGGAUAAACCAACAGAAGGAAAAGAUCUGCCUACGCCAAGCUCUACACCUACUCAAAGCAGGAAAAAUAGACGGCGGUCAAAUCUAUUCAAUGUAAGUACCUUUCAUUAAAAAUAUCUAUAUUUUAAAAAUUUUUAGCCCAUUCAUAAAGCAUUAAAUAUCUGCAAUAUUUUAAAAUAUUUUAAAAUACAUUUUAAAUGGUGUAAUAUCAUCAAGCCAUAUAUUCAAAAUUGGACAGAUUCUGUGAAAGGGAUGAAUUUUAGAUUAUCCUAAGAUUCAUAUAACCUUGUUAAAAUUUGAUUCAUCAAAGUUUAUAUAUUACAACUAAUAAACACUGUAUAUUUUUUUAAAGCAUCGAAGCAAAUUGAAAUUUGUUAUCAAGAGUCUAUGCUUGGAAAACAUUGUUACCAGUUUUUUAAAAAAAGAAAUCAUUUUGAAUUUUUGUAUUAGUCACUACUUUAACAAACUUAUUCAGCCAAAGUCUAAAGAAGAAGAAAAAAAGCAAGCAGGUGAUGGAGAAAAGGUUGGAAGUGGCAGAACAAUCCCACUAAAACAGGUGUGUUAAUCACAUAAUAUAUAUAUAUUUAUGUAUUGUUUUCAUUAAAAAUAAAAGAGAUUAGCAGCUCAGUGUAAUGUAAAAGAUUUCAUUGCUACAUUAAAAUAUUCAAACUUCAAUUAAAUGGCAAAUAGAAACAUCAUUACUUGUUGUCUAAUUCUUAGGGCUACUUGUACAAGAAAAGCCAUGGACUUAAUAAAGAGUGGAAGAAGAAGUAUGUGGCAUUAUCUGAUGAUGGGAGAUUGGUGUACCACUCAAGCUUACAUGUGAGUAGAAGGAAAUAAUGCUGCAGCUAUAUAUAAAUGUGUCAUUAAAGUGUUCCUGGUAAAAAUCCUGGUAGGAUCACUUAAUUUAAGUUUAAUAUGAAGUCCUGUCUUACACAAGUGAACACAUUAAUAUGCGUUUGAAUAUCCUCUUAAAUGGACAUUUCAGAUAAGUGAAUUAUGUUGCAGUAUCCAACUGGCAUUUCAUUUCAUUAUAGUUUUUAAGUUUUGUUUCCUUUACUCUGCUUCAGGAUUAUAUGGAAGAUACACAUGCCAAAGAAAUUCCUUUGGUGAAAACAACAGUAAAAAUUCCAGGCAUGAGGCCAAGAGGCUCCAGGACUGUCUCAACAGGCAAUGCACCUAAUGGAGACAUGAAUAACUCAAUAGGUUAGAGCCACAAUAUUACACAUGUAUAUUGAUUUUUUUUUUGGAAAUAGACAUUAUUCCAAGUCAUUAAAUUAUCCAGUAAUUACUUGCUCUUCUCAUUUUUAUUUUAUAGUUUGUAGCUGUUACUCAUUAAUAACAAUGUUUAAUUCCAUUGGAGUUUUAUGUUUACUUGAUUAAAAACUGCCAUCUUGUUUUAAUUUUCAGCAUUUGAUGUAUCAGGUGAUAGUCAGAUAGAUAACUCACUUGUUAUACCUAAUUCUUCGAUUACUCCAGGUAAAUAAUCUUCUUCAUAUAAUUAUAGCAUCAUGUGCUUAAGAUGAUUUAAAAGGGGUUGGGUGGCUCCUGGAAUUUAUAAUGGUAAUUUGUCUCAUUCUAAAAGUGGAAAAAGGUUCAACAAAGAAGUAAGUGAGAACGCACACAGUUGCUUGUUAGUGGCACUUGUUCUUUCUGAAUCAUGACUUUAAGUCAUUAUCAACACAAACCCCCAUCAGGAUUUACAUGAUUUUUGUCAAGUGAUCUUUUUAUCAAUGUUAUUUUUUCCUUUUGUGUUCAGACUUUAAUUUUAAAAAAAUGCAAUUUGAUUUUUUUUACCAGUUAUCCCUGACCAACCACGGACACGUCCUGAACGUUCCCCUAUGUUGCCCAAGCUUGGCAUCAAUAGUUCAAGUAGGGACACACCAAAUGUAAAGAAAAGACAUCGCCGAGCAAAAAGUGGAGGAAUAAAAAACUCGAAUCCUGGUGAUGGGGAUGGUUAGUGCAUAAUUGAUCUAAAAUCAUCCUUAGCAGAUAACGAUUACAACUGUAGUCAAUACAAAUGUAUCUUAGAAAUUAUCUUCAAAGCAAUAAGUAAAAUUAUUGGUUGUAAAUCAAAUCAGUUCAGCAGUGUAAUGCAUGGCAUUUGAAUUAUCAUGAAAAUAACACCUACGUUAGUUUAAAUCUUCAUGGAUACAAAUACACAAAUUAAAAUGAAAAACAUUUUAAAUGUUUUUGAUAGCAGUAGAUUUUUAAAGAUAUAUUUUUCUACUUACAGCAGAGUAUCUUCUGAUUAUGAGCAAAGCUUUUUUUUAAAAAUAUUUCAGACUCUGAUGGUUAUGAAUUUGUAAUUGUUUCACUAGAGAAUAAACAAUGGCACUUUGAGGCACUUAGUGGUGAAGUAAGUAUUGAGAACUGAAUAUUGAAUAGUGAUGAUUAAAAAAAAAUUUAAAUGAUCAUAACUUUGGAGAGCUUAAAUUGUUUAUUAAAAUGUCUAUACAAGUUUUCCACAAGAAAACAAAAUAGUCCAUUUUACAAAAAAAGCAUCUCCGUUCUAACAUUUGACGAUUCCACAGGAACGUGAUUGUUGGGUAGAUGCAAUAGAACAGCAAAUUCUGUCUAGUCUUCAAGCCAAUGAUGCAGGCAAAAAUAAAGUAAGUGAAUUUAAAAUAGAAAUAAGUGUUUCCAUUUGAAUGAGACCUUAGCUAAUUGAUAGUUUUGUUCAACAUAUUUUAAACUCUAGCUAUAUCUGAAAGCUGUGUCAGCUAAAAGGAAAGUCUUAGGAUCUAUUAAUGUUCUACUCGUGAUGCUGAAAAUUCAUCUUUUGGAUUGAAACUUAAUCAUUACUAUUGAUUGUUGACAGAAACAAAAUAAUUCAGACCCUGCGGGUAUUCAGGCCAUUCGAUGUGCUAGAGGCAAUAAUGCUUGUGCUGAUUGUUCUUCCCCUAGUGAGUAUAUUUAGUAUGAUAUCCCAGAUGUCUUUUUUAGAACUUUUCAUACCUUUUUCCUUUAUUAAUGAGACUUUAGAAACUCGAUACUCGUAAUUCUUCGAUACCUAAAAUAGAAACUCGUAAUUAUAAAAUUUUGUUUCCUUUCAGGUCCUGAUUGGGCAAGCAUAAACCUUGGAGCUCUGGUCUGUAUUGAAUGUUCAGGCAUUCACAGAAAUUUAGGGACACACAUAUCUCGAGUUCGAUCUCUAGAUCUUGAUGAGUGGCCGUAAGUUUCAUUAUUUAUUUCAUAAUAGUAAGAACAUCAUUGUUUUAAAUCGAUUGUAAUGAAAUGUAUUCACUGUAAUUAACACUUAAUUUUAAGUCAAUCGAAAAAUAAUUGUAAUCUAUUAACAAUAUGUUACUUUUAUUUAACAAAGUACUUUUUUUAAAUGUCCAAACUAGAAAUUUAGCAUUCUUUAGAUAUCUAAAAGCAGAACAGUUCUUUUUCUAGAUAAUUGUACUAAAACCUUUUAUCUCUAUAUUAAUUUGAGAUAUUUGUUGUGAUUAUAAAAUAUUUUACGUUUGAUUAAAACAUUUUUGGAUUUAUCCACACAAUUCAUUAAAAAACACUUCAAUAUACAGAUUGUUUAAAAAGUGCAAAACCAUUGUAAACUUUUAUCAUUCCUAUCAUCUUUAUUUCUGUCUACAGAAAUGACAUUGUAAAAGUUAUGGUGUCAAUAGGAAAUAGUACUGUCAAUAGUGUUUGGGAGGCCAACACAAAAGGCAGACCAAAACCAACACAAUGUUCACCUAGGUAUGAUUUUGGGAUUAUUCAUUUUAAUGUCCAGAUUUCAAACAUUUUACAGAUUAAUUUAUUCAAUUUCUUUUAAAAAGAGCAGAUUUUUCACUUUUCCGUGCUAUUUCAACCAAAAUAAGUUUUCACCCAGUUAAAUAUAGAUUUUCAAAACAAGGGAAUUUAUACAAAUUGCUAAAAUAACAGUUGCGCAAAAUAAAAUCUUCAUUUUGAAUCGCUUGCAGUAGAUUCUUAUUUUCACUUGACUUAUUAGUUUAUUUAAAACUUAAGGUUGUCACACCAAGGGAUAUUCGUUUUGAAAUUUUUAUCAUCUGCACUUAUAAUCUUUUGAAUGCAAAGGAGUUUUAAUAAGUCCAGAUACAGAGGCAAAGCAUGUCCCGCUAUAAUUUAAAUAUUUGUUUUUUUUAAUUCAGAUUAUCAUUUACAUUUAAUUCAAUAUUGUAUUCUAUGUUCCUUUUAAAGAAAUUUUAUUUACACUCAGUUGAUUUUUGUUUCUAUACCAGAGAUGAAAAAGAAAGAUGGAUAAGGGCAAAAUAUGAAGCUAAAGAAUUUUUACCCCCGUUACCUUAUAUAGAUAUUCCAGUUAACCAGGUAAAGUAUUGAAAAAUUAAAAGUGUGAUUGUGGUAGUGUUAGAAGCAAAAUCAAUCAAUAAACUUUUCUUUAUGUGGAAAACCAUGAUCUUUGCAUACAUUUUGCUUUAUAGCCAAAGAUGUAAAUAGCACCAUUUUGCCCAAAUGUUUUACCAGCAUUCCACUGCCACUAACCUAAAUUUCUGUCUUAUCAAAAUUCUGUGUGUUUAAUUUAAGAUCUUUCCUUGUAUUCUAAAUUUAGGGAAUUUAUACAUCACUUGUCUCAACUCAAGUGUCAAUGUUAUUAUUGUUUUCAAAAGUUAAAUGACUGUUUCUUUCCUUUUCAAUUUUUAAAAUAAAAAUCCAUUUAAAUUUUUUUCUCAUUUCUACCUCCAAAAAAGUUAAUUCAAAAAGUAAAGCUCAUUCAAAUAUAUGCCCACUGCUUCAAUUUAUUAUCAUUAUAAAUAGUGAAUAAAAAAAAAAAAUCAGUUAAUUGCAAGCAUUACAUAGCACCCAUUCACCUUUCUUUGCAUGUCUUGUCUGUAAUGCUAGCACAUUGGUUGUAAUUUAUUUUUAACGCUUCCCUCUUUUGAAAUUAGCAUUUAAUCGACAGUCCCAACUUUUUAGCUUGAUUAUUUUGAAAAGGUUUUUCACCAAAAAAGUCUCUAUUUUCCAGCAACUCAUAGAUGCACUUGUGAGAGAGGACAUCAGAAAUAUCAUCAUUAUCUUGGGCCAUGCUGAGCCUGAAGAUAUCAAUGCUCCAUACAGUAAAGAUGAUGGGAGAACGGCACUUCAUAUUGCAGCAGCCCUGGGAAAUGUUGUUUUUGUCCAGCUGUUAUUAUGGGUAUGUUCUUGUUACAUUAUGGGCAUGUUCUUGUUACACUACAUCCCCUUUUCAAUACUUUUUCAAAUCAAAAGAUACGUUUGAAAUUUUUUACCAAAUAUCUAUCCCUUUAACAGUAUCAUUUUUUAUAACUUUUUCAGUACAACGCCAACGUCAAAGUUGUGGAUCAUGAAGGCCGAAAUGCUCUUUGGUAUGCUCGGAGUUCAGGUUCAUCAGAGUGUACAGAGCUCCUGACUACCAGUGGAUGUCCUGAGCACCCAACAUUACCACGGCGCCGUGGCAGUGUGCAACAGGGAAAGAACGAUGUUUUUGACAAGCUACCUGCUAGUGUUAUAUAGCUUUGAAGUGAGGGAGGGGUACUGUGUAUUUCUUAAUGAUUACAUCCAGUUUGUAAUCUGGUUGUUGAUGGCCACAUAAUAAUGUAAGUAAUUGAAAUGUACCAUACCUGUAUUCUGAUAGCAUUCUGAAUGUUUUUAAAUUAAAUUAGUAGUGACUUAUGCACAUGUUAAAAUAAGUGUAGUCAUUUGAACACAGCAGUUCUGUAUGCUUUUAAUCUUAUGGUGCUCAAUCAUAUCAGUUGACAGUGAGUGUGAUGUUCAUUGAACCUCAUUGUUCUCAUUCACCCCAUACACAAUGGAUACACAUUGAAUAAACCACACAUGCUGGGUUAAUGUGCAGAUCAUAUCAAAGAGUAAUCUAUCACACUAUCACUAAUUAAGGAUAUUGAGUUUCCAUGCUCUUUAGAAAUGAUUGAAUUCCCUUUCACAAGAAAUUACAAUUAUAUGCAUCAUGUAGCUAUUUUCUGUCUUUUUAAAAUAUAUUUUUUAAAAACAGGGACAUCUUCACUAUUACUGGGUGAAUAUGUAAUUUUUUAAUAAUCUUGCUGUUUUCUAAUACUUGUAUUCAAUUUUUGUUAUGUUUCUCCUUUGGUAUAAAGUGCAAACACCUUUGGUAUAAAGUGCAAACAAAGUAUGAAAGACUUGUAUCUAUAAAUUAAUGUUAUUUUUUUCUCUUGAGAAAUCCUACUUUCAUUGACAAGUCUGAAUACAAAUAUUUGCCUGAAAUAAUAAUUUUUUAACUUGAAGCACUUAAAAAUAUUUUGUCUAUACUCUAAAAAUAUUCUACUAUCAAUAUUUAUAUUUUUUUCUUGUUCAAAUCAAAUCAAUAUGAAGACAAAAUUCUGUUCUCCUUAUUUCUUAACAGAAAAUUUAAAGAAAUUUUAGUCUUUUUUCAAAGAAUAAUGUUAAAAUUUUAAAAUAAUUUAACAUUGGAAUUCUAAGGUAGUUAGCUAUGAAGAGUGUGUCUAACACUGCUGUGAUAUUGAAAUAACUUAAUGUACUGUACCCUGAUAAUUUUCCAAGACAUUUAAUGGACAGUUUCCUCUAGUGAUAGUUUGUUUCAAAGUAGGGAGAUUUUUUAAGCAGCCCUAGAAGUUAGGGCAGCCAGCUUUGCCCCCCUCUCUGAAUCUGGUCAAUUGUUAUAUUAACUAACUAAAUGGUUUGUUUUUGGUUGAUUAUGAUGUGAUGUUUGUGAAUUGUAUGUUCAUUUCUUUAUUUUUAUUCUUAAGAGAAAUUAGCUAAAGUUCAAAAAAUUGAUUUGUUAAAAAGCAAUGUAAUUAUAAUUCAUAGUAUGCCAUAAUCUGACAACACUCAGAUAAACUAUUAAUUGAAAUAAACAAAUUGCAUUAGAAUAAAUUAUGACUUCAAUUCUUGCAAAAAACUCAAUGUCACAACAUUUAUUUUAUAUGCCUGCGAGUGAUAAAACAAUGGCAAGGGAUGCUUGAGGUGCUUCCUGCUACUUGCUGAUUUUGAGUUUUUUAAAAAAUGUAAUGCAUAGCCAAGUAAUACAAAACCAACCUUGUCUGAGGGUAUUUAGCAGCUGAUGUCUAUUAGCCUCAUAAUGGUAAAAAAUAACAGAAAAUGACAAAAACUGUAAAAGAAACUAUGAGAAUUCAACAUAUUCUCACAUCAAAGAAUCAAAUUAAAAGUAAUUGUCGAGCUAACAAAUAGUAACAAAUGACUUUUAAAAAAUCCUAAUUGAAAAGUUCUAUGAAAAAAAUCAAUAUUUGUUAAAGUAAAAUAAAAAAAUUCAUUUAAUAAAAUAAGAUGUGACACAAAAUUAAAAGAGAAUGGGAAAGAGUAAAUAUAAUAAAUUUAAAAUAAAGCACUUGCUAAAUGUUUUUUAAAUAAUUAUAAUUUAAGCUGUUACAUUUUUUUAUCUGUAUGAAAUUUGGCAAUCUUACCUUGUUUCAUUUUCAAAUUAAUUUUAUCAAUCAUUGUUACUGCAAUUUUAUCAAUCAUCGUGUUUCUGCAAAUCUUUGGAGUCACUUGAGUGUUAUUGUAUCCAAUUUAAAUUUUGUACUUCUGUUAUUGUUAUUGAUCUGUAACAUAAAAUAAUUGUUUCUUGGAAAAUGAGCUCACACUUUCAAUAAGUAGUCUUGAAAUUAGAUUGAUUACAAAAAUAAUUGCACAAUGGGGGCUUCUAGCUAUGUUACAUAUUUUUUGUGAAGUCAUCCCACAUUCUUUCUGUGAAACGUUGAGGGAUAAAAAUUAAAAGAGUAAUUUGUUUCUUUAAUAAAAAAUUGAGUGUAUUGCUACUCUCUCUUAUGCACAUUUGCAGGGCACAAAUUUCACUGAUCUAUCCAAAAUCUUUAAACAAACCUUUUUCAGUUAAUAUAAAAAGGAAACUUUGCAUUCAGAAAGAUGUAUUCUGGUAAAUAAAUGGACAAAUAUUAGCACCACUCUACCAAAAAAAAAAACAACCCCAAAAACACUUAUUAAGAAUUGUAAGACAGUUGUCUACAUUAUUUCUUUAAUAUAGUGAGCUUUUAUCUUUAACACUGCAAACUGAUGAGUAUUUUGUUUCAAGAGUGAUACGACUUUAAUUAAAAUGAGUUUGAAAACCAAAUUUUUACAAAACUUUUUUUUUUCUGCAAUGAAGCUCACCAUUUGAACUUGUAUUCCUUUUGAGUAUUCCUGCUC